AUGCAUGCAUUAAUUCAAAAAAUAACAGAUACUCAACAUUAUAUUACCAGUUCCUCCUUUUCACUAACACAAAUAUCAUUUAUAACCUUUCAAUCUGUAUUAGAGGUUAUACUAGUUAGUUUAUCUGGCUUUAUAUGUGCAUGGAGUGGUAAGUUACCUAGGGAAGCACAAAAAAUUAUAUCUAAAAUUAACGUUGAUUUGUUAACGCCAUGCUUGAUUUUUAAUAAGUUGGCUAAAAACUUAAGUAUUACCAAAAUUAUAGAGAUCUUUGUCGUACCAGCAUUUUAUGCGUUACUAAUCAGUGUUUCCUUUAUGACAGGUCAUUUAUGGUCUCACAUUUUUGGAUUAGAUGAAGAUGAGACCGGAUUUGUAAUUGGUAAUUGUGUUUUUCCCAAUAGUAAUUCACUACCCGUUUCUUUAACUUUAUCCUUAGCUUAUACAUUACCAGGCUUGUUAUGGGAUCAUAUAGAGAAUGACAAUAGAGACAAAGUCGCUAGCAGAGGCAUCCUUUAUCUAUUGAUUUUCCAACAAAUUGACCAAAUGUUGAGAUGGUCAUGGGGCUACAAUAAAUUGCUAAGAUGGAGAGAGGAAACUGUAUAUCCUGAUGGAUCUAUUUUAAAUUUAGUUCGCAAUCAUGACACAUCUACAUUAUCCUUAGAUUCUUCUACUUGUGACAUUGAUAGUAAUGUGGACUCUGGCACUAAUAACACCAAACUGUAUAGAAUUUGGAAUACGUUUAAGUCAAAUAUGAAUCCACCAUUAUAUGCUAUAUUUUCUAGUAUCAUAGUAGCAAGCAUUCCGAUUUUGAAAAACCAGUUUUAUGUGGAUGAUGGUUUUAUUCAGCAUACCCUCUCAGAAUCUAUUAGUGAAUUGGGAAUGAUUUCCAUCCCACUAAUUUUAUUAGUUUUGGGUUCAAACUUAUAUCCAAGUAAUGAAACGCAAAGUGCAACUCAUAAUUAUAGGAAAAUGAUUAUAGCUUCAAUACUAGGUAGAAUGCUUACACCUUGGAUUAUAAUCUUACCUAUUGUUGUUUAUUGCUGCAAAACGCUUCCAUCUGUAUCGAUAUUAGGUGAUCCAAUUUUCAUGGUUUGUGCGUUUCUAUUAUGUACUUCUCCACCUGCUAUCCAGCUAACACAAAUUACACAAUUAAACGAAUUUUUUGAAGCUGAAAUGGCGGGAGUUUUGUUUUGGGGGUAUGUUGUUUUAACAUUGCCUAUGACAAUAAUUACGGUUAUUAGUUCUAUGUGCGCAAUUAACUGGAAAGCAUGA